AAAAAAAAAAAAAAAAAAAAAAAAAAAUAGAUAUCAGAAUAUUCUUGAGGGUGGUAUGGCCAAGCCUGCGAAGCGCAUGUCCAUGCCUUCUGUCCCUUCCAUGAGCAGGCCGCAGCCUCUCGUCAUUCAAAAGCAAUGUCAUGGCUGCAGUAAACAAAUCCAUCAGGUAAGAAUAACUUUGCUAUAUCGUAAUGAUGUAAUAUUUUGCUGUUGUGGAUCAGCUUCACAUUGCCUAUUAUAGUAUGGGCGUUCUAUUCCUAACUUGUUUGCCUAUUUAUUAUUCACAUUCAUUUUAUACGUGUCUACACAAAUGUAUAUUUCAAAUUAGGCUAAAGUAUUCAUGGAACCUGGAAAGCCAAAUUUCAUUUACUGCGAAAAAUGUUAUAUCGAAAAGUUCACCAAAGGAAGCUGUCCAGCAUGCUUUAGGCCUGUGAUGUCCAAGACCGACCCCUAUAUCACACACAACAAGAGUUCUUGGCAUGCAGCUUGCUUCAAAUGCUUCAAGUGUCGUAUUGACGUUUCAUCAAAGCCAUUGGUGGAUUUGCGUGGACGACCUUGUUGUGAGGAAUGCUUGAUGGCGCAGGCAGGAUCGGCAGCUGAAGAAAGCAACAGUAGCCCAAACCUUAAGGAGGACGUGCCUAAUACCAAUAGCCCUCCACUUGACGAUCGUUCCAUGACUAGCUCACCACCAUAUACCUCUCAACAAAAUCCAAGUAGUAGUAGUGGCGUUGAUAACACCACUGACCGCUCAGAAAGAUCCCCAGUCAAUCUAUCGCCUUUAGAUUUGCAUAUGGACAAGAGUCUGCCUCCAUCAAAUUCACCGCUGUCAGCUCAAAGUACCGCUAGCCCAUCAUCCUUAGCAUCCUAUCGUAGCACUCCUACUAGCGGAUACACUAGCGGUACCUCUUCCGCAUAUUCGAGCUUAGGACGAAAGCGUGCAGAUUCAGUUGUGCUUCCCUCAGCAAUAUCAGCUGCUAACUUGCUUCGAGCGGACCAUUCAGGAUCAGCAGCCAAUAGCCCAGUCUUACAAUACAGGCGUCCUAGUUCUGCACUUUCUAUCCAUUCCUACACAAGCUCGAGACCUAAUUCUCCAUCCCUCAAUUCCCGACAGGAUCAGGAAAAUGAAGGCACGUUCAAGUCACAUGACUAUCCUGAAACAAUUGAUCAGGACCAGGACCCAAAUAUGAAUGAGAACACAUCCGAGUCUACACUCUAUGGUCUACGUCAUGCCAGGUCACGCCAUUCACUUGGAUCGGAAGAUUUGGGGCCUAAUAUCGCACGCGCUUUACAGCAGCGAUCGGACGCCGACAAUGGAAGCCGAAGUAGUUCACGAGCUAAUAGUAGAAGCAGUUCAAGACCGGUGCGCAAUAGAUCUCGAUCGGUAGCUUCACCUAGCACAACAGCAGCGUCUGUAAGGGCUAGAACACAGGCUUAUAUAAACAUGGCUCAAACAAAUACCACAAGCACAACCUCUUCGCCCCCCAGAAGCUCUAGUCAACUGUUUAACGCAAACCGAGGCUCUGCAAUCUUCAGCAACUUGCCUCCAAAGCAGCAGCCAUCGGCAGCAGCAACAGCUAUAGCUAAUGGGUCAUACGAAAAAGAAUCAAAAGAAUCCGCGCCGAUGCCCUCUGGUGCAGAGCCUAACAGAUCAAUAUCUAAUACGAGCCCGUCUUUCCGCAGAAAUGGCCAUGGUCAUCAAAGAUCCAAUUCCGCGGGCGAUGCUAUCGUAUUCCCUGUGGUCAAUGUCACGGACGCGCCCUGGAGUCCAUCGGUGCAGCGCGCAGCUACGAUUCCAGAGGGCCACUGCCACAAAUGUCUUGAGAAAGUGACCGAGAAUGGUGUGCGUUUACAGAAUGGGGAUCGGUACCAUAUCGGGUGCUUCCUUUGCUAUGGAUGCAAGCAAGUGUUUACAGAGUCUGAGUUCCAUGUCGUCCUUGGACGUCCCUACCACCCUAAGUGCGUCUCAAUGGCGGGCCCAACGAGCUCAAUGGGUGUUGUCACAAAGUGUCAACAAUGCCACAAAGUCAUUAGCAACAAGUCUAUUCGAUUCUCUGGAAUGAAUUACCAUCCACAGUGCUUUACUUGCGCUCACUGCUCUAAGGUGCUUACAAGCACUAGCCGAUUCUUUGAAGUAGAUGGCCGUGUCGAAUGUGAACAAUGCUGCGACGAACGUGACGCUGUCCGUCUUCCACCCAAGAUCGUUCCGGUUCCACGUGCAACAGAUCAUUUCCCUUUGCCAGUUAUGGUCCCCUCAAACCCAGGGAUGGUCGCCGGCGGCCAAGGCAAUCUAUCGCGGUCAGGAUCGGGCGCUGGGUCAGCCACGCCAUUGAACGAAUCAUCUUCGCCUCUUAGAGCAUCUGGAUCGCCAUCGUAUGAUCAGCUCACUUUUGGAGACCAGAUUGGAAGCGGAGCAUCAUCCCCAUUGGCACAGCGAGCCACACCGCCUCCUCUGACCAGCUUCUUUGGAACUCGCACACGUCCUUUACCCAAGUUUGGAGGCACGCUAAACUGCCCUCGUUGUCACCAGCCCGUGGGACUGAUGGAUCAGACACCAGGACCCAACAAUGAAAAGUGGCACAAAAAGUGUUUGAACUGUAAAGAGUGUAAGAAGGUCUUAGAUUCAAGCGCACUGACGCGCGGUGAAGGAGAAGCGUAUUGCCGUGGUUGCUUUAAUAAAACGCGUACCCGCGUAUAAAAAAUCUACUAUUUUUGUACUUUAAUAAAAAAAUGUUUCAGAAACAAAUAGAGAAAAAUAC